AUGUCAAUGUCUAUUCCUAUUAUGAUAUUGAAUCCUAGAGAUUUAUCCAUAAUGUUUAAAGAUAAUGAAAUUUUCAAACAUAUUGAUAAAAAAAAAGUAUUUGACAAGCUUGUAGUAAACACUCUACGCGUACAUAAUCUUCAACCUGACGACAUCAAAGAAAUAAUUUUGGAUACUUGGGAAAGAAGAGGUGCAGAAUUUGACAAGUUCCUUGAAGAUUAUACUAAAGAAGUUAAUUCUCAUCGUCAAAAAAGGUUACCUCUUAAUAUUAAAAUGUGUACUGGUAAACCGAAACCCAAAAAAAAGGUAAUUAAGGUUGAUGAUACCACUACAACCGAUUACGCUUCUGGUCUUUUUCAGGGAUUUCAACAUCCAUCGAAAAGUCGCGCUACAUCUAAUCAAUCUUUUGAUAUGAAUGGGGGCAAUAACACCGUGUUUGAUGAUGGCAAUGAUGAUUUCAGGCAAUACAUUGACUAUGACCAAUGUUUAAAUUAA